AUGGACGAUCAAGAAGACUUCACCAUCGACCCGGCCAUCGCCGCGGCAAUGGGUUUUGCUGGUUUCGGAACACAAAAUAAACAAAAGCGGAAAUUUAACUCUGAUGGCGAUGCGGAUGGUUUUGUCGAUCCUGGAGUCCAUGCGAGGAAAACUGGAGCGAAUAAUGUUCCUGUGCGCGCGCGGAGUGAGCAGAAGGUUGCGACGGGGAACGACCAAUCUACGUUUGCGGCAAUGGGGCAGGAGGUGAAGACAGGAAUUGAAAGCGCUGCUGCUUCUUCUUCUUCGAAUGGGUUCGAUGCGGGAGGAUUGUAUGAUCCUAAGACGCAAGAGAGCCCGAGUUUGGAGGCGCUGAGGAGAGGCGUGAAGAAUGUUAGGGGGGAUUUUGUGUAUUUUUCAAAGGGGUUUUUGGAGGAUCCUUGGAGUGGGUUGAGGGAGCUGAAGUGA